CAUAAAUGACUUUAGGCAGUCACUGGGUCUGAGCAGAAGCGAAGCAUCAAGCACCAGCUUGCAAACUGCAGGAAGGAUCUAUUACAGUUAAAACAGGGGAAGGCACAGUGUGACCAGACUUCUGUCUGAAAGAGAAGAGAGACGAGCCCUCCGAAUCUGCUGAUCUCAAGAGAAAAUAAAGAUGUGGAAGAAGACAAAGGUGGCUGAUGAAACUGCCACUGGGCAGGCAGGGAGUUCACCAGGACGACAAAGGCAUCAAGAAGAAAUCAAAAGUGCCUGGUGUCAUGAUUACACAGAUUGUGGAGGAACUUCCAGAAGGAAAAACAACUCCAGAUUUCACCCGAAAACCCAUAGCCCUUACCAUUCAAGAGGGCAAAUUUGCAUACUUUAAAGCCAUUGUGGUGGGCGAUCCAACACCUACUGUAACAUGGAGCAGAGCAAAUGGAGAAAUAAUGUUUCACCCUGAUGUGUGCCAGCAAAAAUACAAUGAGGCAUCAAAUGAACAUACUCUGGAGUUCCCUAAGGUAGCUCCAGAGGAUGCUGACACCUACAAGUGUUUUGCAACCAAUGAAUAUGGGAGGGCAGUUUGCACCGUUGUUCUGAACAUUAUUGAGGUGGGAUUUUCUAAGACAAAGGAACGUCAAAAGAUACAAUCACUAGAUGCAACAGAGCUCAGAAAAACACUUAAAACACGUAAUCCAGAUGGAACACGUCAGGAAAAGACAAUGGAUGAGCAAGAAAAGGUCUGGGAAAUCCUGCUUAGUGCAGAAAAGAAAGAUUAUGAUAGAAUCUGUGCCGAUUAUGGUAUCACAGACUUCCGUGGCAUGCUGAAGAAACUUUCUGAAAUGAAAAAAGAACGAGAAGAGGAGAUUGCACAAUUCAUCUCACAUAUAAGGACACUCAAACCUGUUGAGGUAAAAGAUGAUGACUGUGCAACAAUUGAGUUGGAUAUGGAGCUCUUAGAUUCUGGCAGCAAAAUCUUUCUGUAUAAGGAUGGUAUCAUGGUGCCAUUGUCAAAGGAAGAUGGUGAAGCAAAGAAGCAUAAUUUGAAACAAGUUGGCAAAAAAUAUGUGUUCACAAUUAAAAACCUAAGUAAAGAAGAUGCUGGGCUCUAUUCAGUGGAUGUUGAGGGAGUCAAUGUAUUUUCCACAGAUUUUAAAGUGCCCGAAGUUGACUUUGCUGUCAAAAUUCAAGAGGUCAAGGCAGAAGAACGAGAGGAUGCUCUCUUUCAAUGUGUCCUUACUGCACCAAUGAAUGAGAUCAAAUGGUAUGGCAAAAGUGCUCUGCUGACAAAUAAUGAGAAGCAUGAGAUAAUUGUAUCUGAAGAUAAACUCAUCCAUAAGUUGCUUGUGAGGGACUGCCUGCCUUUGGAUUCCGGUAUCUAUGCUGCUGUGGCAGGAAUAAAGUCUUGCAAUGCCUGGCUAGUGGUUGAGGUGGAGAAAGAUCCAGCCAAAAAGGCCAAAAAGGCAGGGCGCAAAACCACCAUUGCUGGAGCUGGCAAUGAUGAAGAGCUGAUGAAAGUAGCAAAGGAACAGCAAGAAAGAUAUCAGAAAGAAAUGGAAGAAAAAAUAGAACUUGCCAAAAAAGCUCAAUCAGAGAAGGGAUUGGCAGAUGCAGCUGCCCGAGCACAGCGAGAGGCAGAGGCUGAGGCCAAAGCUGCAGCAAAGGCAGCGGCCAAAGCUGCUGCAAAGGCAAAAAAAGCAGCAGCUGGCAAAGAUGGUGCUGUUAGGAAAACUAAGAAAAAAGGAUCUGCCCCAGAUGGGACCAGUGAAGCCACAGGGGAAGGUGAAGGUGUUGGUGCAGGUAGUGCAAAAGGUGGUGCAAAAGGUGGAGCUGCUCCUGGUGCUGCAGGUGGAGCUUCUACUGGUGCUCAUGGUACAGGUGGUGGUGGUGCUGGAGGUGGUGCUGCAGGAGUUACUGCAGGUGUUGCAGGGAGCUCAGGGAGAGAUGGGAGUGGAGCUGCCAGUGGAGUAGGAGCAGGACUUAAAGGUGGCACUACAGCUGGGGCUGGAGGCACUGAGGGUGAAGAUUUGGAAGAGUAUUCUGGUGAAGAAUAUGAUGAGAAUUCAGACGAGGAUUCAGACGAGGACAUUGAGGUAAAAGGAGAUAGAAUAGAAAGAGGAAAGGGGGGCGAGGGAGGCGAAGGAGAACAAAGAGGAGAAGAAGGAGAAGAAAAAGGAGGGAAACGGGGGAAACGAGUGAGAGCUGGCCCACUGGUUCCUGAAACAGUUAUAGAUCCAGGAGUUCACUUUCACGCCGGUCUUUCUGACUGCAAAGCCAUUAUUGGAGAAGCAGCAGAAAUUGAGUGUAAAGUAAGCAGCGAAGAGUGUGUAGGAAUCUGGUACAAAGACGGAGCUGAGAUUCAGUCAUCUGAGAAUUUAACAAUUUCAAAAGACGGAUGUUUCCACAGGCUGAAAAUUCACAAAGUCACAGAGGAAAAUGCUGGAAAAUAUAAAUUUGAAGCUGAUGGCCGAAAGACAGAGUCUGAAAUUGUUGUUGAGGAUCCCCCUCGAUUUGAUACUGAGGAGCUAGAAGCAUUCAAAACUGCUGUAACUGUAAAAAAGGGACACAAAGCUACCUUUAAACUGUCUUACAGUGGCCGGGAACCAACAAAAGUACAGUGGUACCUUGAGGGUGAAGAGCUUUCAAGUGAAGGCAAUAUAAAUAUUGAGACUUUAGAUGGAAGCAGUCGUUUGCUGCUGAUGAAGCUACAGCGUAAGGACAGCGGCGAAAUCAAGAUAAAACUUAAAAAUGAGUUUGGCAUGAUUGAGGCUGUAAGCCAGCUUAAUGUACUUGAUAAACCUACGCCCCCACUGGGACCUCUGGAGAUUGUUGAAGCCUCCUCUUCUGUUAUUGAAUUCAAGUGGAGACCCCCAAAGGACAGUGGUGGCUGCAAGAUACAAAACUAUAUCCUUGAACGUCAACAGGUUGGCCGGAACACCUGGAAGAAGGUUGGACCUAUUGGUCCUGAGGCCAAAUACAGAGAUACUGAUGUGGACCACGGGAGGAGAUACUGCUAUCGCUUCAGAGUGGAGACUGAAAUAGGAACCAGUGAGCUGAUGGAAACAGAAGAUAUCCAAGCUGGAACAAAAGCAUAUCCUGGACCUCCAUCAACACCAAAGGUUGCCAGUGCCUUUAAGGACUGCAUCAACCUGACAUGGUCCCCUCCUGCUGACACUGGAGGAACCAGCAUUCUGGGGUACACCCUGGAGAAACGCAAGAAGGGCAGCAAUCUCUGGGGCCAAGUUAACCCCCCGAAUGAAAUCAUUAAAGAUAAAGGAUUCGCUGUUAAAGAUGUGGUUGAAGGAUUAGAGUAUGAGUUCCGUGUCUCUGCAAUCAAUGGCUCCGGAACUGGUGAAUUUAGCACGCCAUCAGAGUUUGUUUUCGCCAGAGACCCUAAAAAGCCUCCUGGUAAAGUGCUUGAUUUAAAAGUGACAGAUUCCACCUACACAACCCUGUCCCUGUCUUGGAACAAGCCCAAGGACAUUAAGGGGGUUGAAGAUGAAGCAAAGGGAUAUUUUGUGGAGAUAAGGCCUGCAGAAAAAACAGACUGGGAUCGAUGCAAUUCUAAUGCAAUAACCAUGACUUCGUAUACGGUAAAGGGCAUGAAGUCAAUGGCCAUGUACUGGGUGAGAGUUAUUGCUACUAAUGAUGGAGGCGAGGGAGAGCCUCAGGAGCUCGCCAAUUACAUUCUCGCCAUGCCCCCUCCUGUGAGACCACGAUUCACAGAUGCCAAAAUCAAAAGUUUCAUGAUUGUGAGAGCAGGACAUUCUGCACGAUUCACUGUUAACUUUGAGGCGUCACCAUGGCCAGAGGUAAUCUGGCUAAAGGAUGGAGUGCCAGUGUCUAAAAAGGUGACAAUUAGCAAUGCUGAGGGUACAUCCCAGCUUCUGAUCCCUUCAGCAGAGCGUACAGAUACUGGAAUUUAUACCAUCGUUGUCAAAAAUAUUGUAGGACAGGAAACAUUUAGCAUUGAAAUUAGAGUCACAGAUGAGCCAAAGCCACCAGGUCCUGUGGAGCUUGAUGAAAAUGUUCCAGGCACAGUAACCAUCUCGUGGACCGCAUCUCCAGAUGAGAAGCGUGAUGACAGGCUGCAUUACAUGGUGACAAAGCGGGAUUCAGUCAAGAGAACCUGGCACACUAUUGCAGAUCGAGUCUUCAACAAUAAAUUUACAGCCUGCAACAUCAUGCCAGGCAGAGAAUAUCAGUUUAGAGUCUAUGCGAAGAACGACAUGGGCUCCUCUAAACAAUCAGAAUCAACAAAGUGGCUGAUUCCUGCAAAAAAAGAAAAGUUCACUGUGAAAAUGCCGGAGUCCAAGGCCUGUGACUUGCGGUGUCCUCCCAAAUUCCUUGUCCCACUGAAAAUGCAUACCGCUCCUCAAGGCUAUGAAUGCUACAUGACCUGUGCCAUAAAAGGAGACCCAACACCUCACGUGACUUGGCUCUGUAACAACAUCAGUCUGAAUACCAACACCAACUACUUCAUCUCUAACACCUGUGGGGUCUGCUCUUUGCUAAUAUUGAGGGUUGGAUCAAAGGACACAGGGGAAUACAAAGUUGCUGCAGAAAAUGCUUUGGGAAGAGCAGAGAGUUCAACUAAACUCACUGUCAGAGAAUAAAUGGAUCCACAGAAGAUAUCACAUAAGCCAUGUAGUUGGAAAUAAACAUUGUGUGCCUUACAGGGCCAAGCAAAUCCCAGAUGUGUGAAAAAUGUGAAUUCAAUAUUACUGGUGAAACCUGUUUUAAUUUCAAACAUUUGAUUUUCAGACCCUGAAAAAUGUGCAAACAUAUUAUUGAAAAAUAAAUCUGUAGUUUUGUAUUUAACCCUUUUCAGUUAGUUAAAAUAGAAGCCUGAAAGUAGUGUAAAAAAUUGUAUUUUAUUUAAACUAUUUCCCCUUUCAGUAUCCACCAAAAGUUGAUUGUUUUGAUUCAAUGUCUCUGAAUUCUUGUUAUUAAAACUGGCCUGACACGAUUUGAACAUAUACAGUCAUAUUCAAUAAAUUAGAAUACUAUUGCAAAGUUCAUUUAAUUCAGUAACUCAAUUCACAAGUAAAACAGGUUGUAUAGAUUAUUCACACACAGGCUGAUGUUAAAAAGGCUAUAUUUCUGUUAAUUAUGAUGAUUUUCCACUUACAGCUAAUGAAAACAAGAUAUUUAAUAUUAAUGCCGGAAUUUGGCCUUAAUGAAAAGUAUGUUUAUUACCUGUUUAAAGUUUGUUAUUUUAGAAAGGUACUUUUAAUGUGACAAGCAAAUCUCAUCAGAACAUAUUCAAAUUUGUUGAAUAUGAUUGUAGGUGAUUUCAUUUCAUUCUCUUCUAAGUUUUGCUUUGUUGCCUUUUUGCAUUUUCUUCUGUUAGCAGGUUACACAAGUAAUAUAAUGUAGUCUGUCCUAAAAUAUUGUGCAAAGCCAAGGCAACUUUUAAGGAAAACAAUAACGAGUUGAUAUGUAAGUUGUUUUGUUUAUUUGUUGUUUUUAUGUCAGAAUCCAGUCACACUAGUAGGUUAUGAGCAGGCAUAUGAGGUUCCUCAGGCCUUUAUGGGGCUCCUAGGUGCUGACAACUUUUUAACCCCUUCUUCCUAAACAUGAACAUCUCACAGUAGCAUCCCAGUGGGGGAAAAAAGAGCCCUGGAUACAGUGAUAAAAAGAGGAGCUGUAUUAGAUGUUAUUCUAAACUUUAAUAAAGCAUAAGUCUCCAUCCAUCCAUCCAUUUUCUGUACCCACUUCUACCGUAAGGGGUCGCAGGGGGAGCUGGUGCCUAUCUCCAGCAGUCUACGGGCGAGAGGCGGGGUACACCCUGGACAAGUCGCCAAUCGGUCACUAGCACGGAGAGAACAUGCAAACUCCAUGCAGAAAAACCCCCGGCUGGGAGUUGAACCGAGGAACCUUCUUGUUUCAAAGCAACAGUGCUACCACCUGCACCACCAUGCAGCCCCACAAGCAUAACCAUUAGAUAAUAUUAGAUGUUAGUGGGUUAAGGUAAAAACUUUGUUUGUGCAUGCAUGACUGCAUCUUAAGCGCAAGUUUAAAUUAAGAAUUGAAAGUUGCAUUUUGCAGCAUCUUUUAAAACUGAUUUUUAAGUUAGUAAAGUACUUCAGAUACAGAAAAAUGCAGUGAAUACACUGGUUUCUUAUAACUGAUUCACUAAAAAUCACAUGCAUGACCGGCGUAACAAGCCUUCAUAUAACAUUCUCAAAAUUCAUACCACAUGUCAAGCUUUAUUAAAGUUUAUCUGAAUAAUCUGUC